AAACUAAAAUCGUUAAAUCCUCACCCUCGGCCUCAGAUACUUCUCAGUGGGUCCCAGUCUCUGUAAAAUCCGCUUACACUAAUACACUUGCAUCCUGCUUUGAUAUAUAUCCUCUCUCUCUCUCUCUCUCUCGCCCAUUCCAGACUUCCUUCAAUUAGCCUUUCACAUAACGCCAAAUACCGUCCUCUUCCUUCUUUACCUACUUCCACCUUCUCUCUCUAUCUGCAAAAACUUCUCACUGUUGCUUUCUGGGUUCUGGAUGAUCAGACUGGUAUUGGGUUAGAGAGAUAUACAGAUAAGAGGCAUGGGUUCAUGUGCAUCACUGCAUAGAAGCUCAGACUCCGCCAUGAAACUCAGACUGUCGUUUGGCUCCAAAGACGACAAACUCGUGAUUCCACCUUCACCCAUAAAGGAAAUUCCCACCAAGGGGAAUCCUCCGAUCGACAACAACAACGUUGUCGCUGCUAAGUCCCAGUGGUCGGCUUCUCGGUCAGCCGCGAGUUUUGGAGGCUACGGUAGCAAAGAAGAAACCUUUUUUGAUUCCCAAGCAUGGUUAGAUUCGGAUUGCGAUGAUGAUUUUUUUAGUGUCAAUGGUGAUUUUACGCCAUCCCGUGGCAACACUCCAGUCCAUCAGAACUUCUCCACCGGGAUGCCUCGAGUCACCAAAGUCCUUUUCGAGGCCGACAGAAUUCUUGGUUCCACUCAUGAACCAUCCCCAAAAAAGAAAUUAAUUGAACUUUUCCGAGAGAGCAUCCGACAGGACCAAGAUGUCGACAAUCUAAAUACCUCAGGCAACCAGAACAUUUCCAACGGAAAGAUGGAAGUUAAACCAACUGUACUUGACCUCCCUCCAAAGUCAGCACAUGGCACCCCUUAUGGAACUAACUCUGUAUGUAGUAGUGAGAGGACCCCUAGUGGAGACCUCUUAACAGAGAAGGAGAAACCAUUUAGGCCUGUGCAGUGUUGUCUUCCGAGCUUGAUCUCAUGCCAUAGCUUUAGGGAGAGGAAGAAGAAGAUGGACCCUGCUAUAGCGGUUGUUGAUUAAGCUUUUGGUUUGUAAUGCCUCCGGUACUACAAGAUAAAUGGAUAAAUCCAGGUUCUCUGAUAUUUGGGGAUCACAACUUCUAAGCUUCUCUGACAAUUCGCGUUUCCUCAUAUAUUGUUGUAAAGUGUGAGAUAUAUCUCAUAUCUGUUAAGAACUCAUGUCAUAUAUGGAUUCAAGGACAUGUAGAAAAAAGCAGUAGUGGAGAUGUCAAAUGUUAAAAACUCCACCGAGGAAUUUUUCUA